GUCCAAUGGCGUGUAACGGGCGGGGUCCAGCGCGCACCUGCCAGGUGACUAGUGGAAGUUCAGGCACUGGAGCCAGUCAAGAACUUGGGAGACAAAAUCCCCGACCACAAUAUGCUGAGCUACUUCCUGAGCCCCCAGAAUGACACCUGGACAGAGCCUUUCAGUCUGCUUUUGGGUCUUGGCGCUUCCCUCUACUUGGGCUACUACUGGACAUGGGUGCCCCAGAGGCCUCAACUGGUGACAGGGUCCCAGUUCCUGGCCUUCCUGGAGCAGCACUGUCCAGUCACUAUGGAGACAUUCUACCCUACACUCUGGUGUUUUGAGGGUCGGCUACAAACCAUCUUCCGUGUCUUACUGCAGUCUCGGCCUCUAGUUCUUUACUCGAGUGAAGUUCUCCAAACCCCAGAUGGAGGACAGAUCCUCCUAGACUGGGCCAGUCAGCAUGACAGCUGUCAAUACCCUGACCCUACCACCCAGCCCAUUGUAUUACUGCUUCCUGGUAUCACAGGCAGUAGCCAGGAGACAUAUAUCCUGCACCUAGUUAACCAAGCUUUGAAGGAUGGCUAUAGGGCUGUCGUAUUUAACAACCGGGGCUGUCGUGGGGAAGAACUGCUGACCUACAGGGCUUUCUGUGCCAGCAAUACUGAAGAUCUGGAGACAGUCGUGAACCACGUAAAGCGCCGUUACUCCCAAGCUCCACUGCUGGCCGUGGGCGUCUCUCUCGGAGGGGUAUUAGUGCUGAACCACCUAGCACGAAUGGGGCGGGCUGCAGGGUUGGUGGCAGCAUUGACUUUCUCUGCAUGCUGGGAUUCCUCUGAGACCACCCGCUCCCUGGAGACCCCACUGAACUCACUGCUCUUCAAUCAGUGCCUCACUGCUGGGCUCUGCCAAAUUGUGAACCGAAAUAGAAAAGUGAUGGAAAAGGUGGUGAAUGUAGACUUUGUGCUACAGGCCCGCACAAUCCGCCAGUUUGAUGAGCGCUACACAGCCGUGGCCUUUGGAUUUCAAGACUGUGCCUCUUACUACCGAGCAGCGAGCCCAAGAACCAAGGUAGAUGCCAUCGAGAUCCCUGUGCUCUGCCUCAAUGCAGCUGACGACCCCUUCUCCUCAGUCCAUGCCCUUCCCCUACAGGCUGCCCAACAUUCUCCCCAUGUCGCACUGCUCGUCACAGCCCGGGGUGGCCACAUAGGCUACCUGGAAGGGCUGCUCCCCUGGCAGCACUGCUACAUGAACCGCGUCUUUCAUCAGUACACCAGAGCCGUCUUCCAGCACCCACAGGAGCUGCUCUGCCUCAGAGCUCCCACACCUCCUGAGGGAGGUAAGAGCUGACAAGAGUACCAUUUGGGGUCUCAGUUCAGUCUUCCCUUGUUUAUUAAAUAACAACUUUUCCUGCCAAA